GACCAUUAAAAAUGAUAACAUGUUUAGAGAUUUCACCAGUAGAGAGAGGGAAAGAGCUGUCCCCACAAAGAGCACUGCGACACAGAAAUGAAAGCCUGAACGUGCUUGGCGUUAUGACGCGUGACUGCUUUUGCAUAGUUGCAUGCGCGUGGCACUGGUUUGAAGAAUAUUUUAAUUGCUCCACCAAGGGCGUUUUGGAAAUCUUUUACGCCACACGAAGUCAUAAUUUGCUCGUGUUCCAUGAAGGCUACUGUUACCGUGUUGUGUGAGAUGAUACACCAUGUGAAAAGCUCACUAAAGACGAAGUGUGUUCCGCUCUUGCUGGGGCGUCUUCCCUCCCGCCAUCUCUCAUACCCGCGCCCCGCCCCAGAAUAAGAAUUCAAUGCUUUUGCAAUGCCAGUCAGUCUAGCACUGCGGUAAUGUGCUGACCUCCCUCUAGCGGGGAACUAGUUGAAUUAAAAAAUAUAUACAUAUCUGACGUUAAAGUCCAGCCAAACAUGUAUUUGUUUUAGUCUGAAUAAUCUGUCCUGCAUAAAUUGACUGUUCUUGUGUUGGCCAUUAUGAUUCUCAUUGCCUUCAUUUUCCCCUAAAUCUUGCCCUAAUCAUUUUUGACUUCAUUUUUCCUUAAAUCUUGAGCCCGCCGAAUAAACAUUAUUAAUCGCUUGAAUAGUUUACCAAGCUAUAUAUCUUUACUUUCAGUGUAACUGUCGUUUAAUUUCGGUAAUGAGGCUCAAACAGUGGACUGGUGCAUACUUAUGUGUAAGUUAUAUUGCUACAGGUAGAGCCACUAUGGCGUUCAUCAACACGCAAUUUCGGUUCGUUGCAUGGUCUGCAUAUUAUUGCGCACGUUGAUGGUAAGCACCCUCUAGUGGUUCUGGCACCAACACGUACGUCCUCGAUGUACCAGCCCUUCACUCUAGCGGCGAACAGGAGGAAUGUCUCCCGCCGCGACUCUACUAUCCGAUUCUGUGUUUGUCAGACUCGAAAUCCGAGGGAGAGGAGCGAGCCGCCAUUUUCCGAGCGUCGCUCUCCCAGAACAACAAAAAAUAUUCAAGAUAAACGUGGUAGAUAUUGCCAGAUUUGAUCAAGAAAGAGUCUGGAAUAAAGCAACGCGGAAAACAAUUGAUAUUGAAAAACAGUCGGACCGGACAGGAUCCAGUUUUUCGUUCUACAAUAUUAACUACCUAGCGAAGUCUGUUUCUUACUGGUUGUUGUUUCGCCCAUUUCGUGAUUACGAGAUAAGAGCGACACGGGAUAGCACACCGCGGAGCCCAUUAGAAACGGGUUCGACUAGAAAGGAAGGGAUUGUCCGCAUUACGCUGUUAUCCUUGUUAUUAUUUUUUUCUUUUUUAUUUUCCUGCGAACUGCGGGGAAUUGUUGCUGAAAUUCCCCGGGACUCUGCCUCAUCACGUGGCUGUCGUCUGGCGGGGCCGUAGGUGGCUGGCGUGGAGCUGGCCUCGGCACCGGGAGAGGCCGCCGCGCCCGCCCCUCCGCGCUGCAUGGCUGCGAUGGCGCCCGCUCUGACCGACGCGCCGGCCGAAGCUCACCACAUCCGCUUCAAACUGGCCCCCCCGUCCUCCACCCUCUCCCCGGGCAGCGGCGAGAACAACAGCAACGCCAGCAACAUCCUCAUCUCCAGCAACGGCGCCGUCAAGCGCAAGGCCCUGGCCGCCGCCGCCGCCGCCGCCGGCGAGGAGGCGCGCUCGCUGGACUUCCGGGACGGCGGGCGGGAGGAGCCGCAGCCCGCCGAGGCGCCGCCGCCGCCCACCCCGCUGGGGAAGCUGCAGCCGCUGGUGGCCUCGUACCUGUGCUCGGACGUCACCUCCGUGCCCUCCACUAAGGAGUCCCUCAAGCUGCAGGGCGUCCUCAUCAAGCAGUCGGUCCUCAAGACCCACGGCAUCCUGCCCGGCUCCUACUUCGGCGCCUCGGACUACCUGCCCAGGAAGCGGCAGACCCUGGAGCUCUCCGGGGAGCAGCUGAAGAGCCUGAUGAGCGCGGGCGGGCAGCCGCCCGUGGCCAACGGCCUGGCCAAAAAGCUGGCCAAGACGGGCGCCGACAGGGACCACGCGGCCCUGGUCAACGGAGGCAGGCCUCCCGCCGGCCAGGACUCGGCGGCCCAGGCGCCGCCGCCGCCCCCGGAGGCCCGCCCCUCCGUCUCCAAAGGGGACCCGGCCGGCCAGUUGGCGCCGCCGCCGCCGCGGGAAACGGCGGGGACGUCCCGCGCCGCGGCCAACGGCUCGGAGCCCGCCGCGUACGCCGCCUUCGCCGCGCCGCCCGGAGGGCGGACGGACCCGGGGCCCCGGACGCCCGGCGGGAGGGCCGAGGGGCCCUCGGCGGACGGGGGGGAGGAGGAGGAGGAGGAGGAGGAGGAGGAGGGCGGUGGGGACGGGGACGGGGGGCUCGCCUCCCCGGCCCGCGACCUCCGGCUCCUCUCCCCCUCCGGCGGCCUGGACUCGGAGGUGAGGGACCGCACGGCGCUGAGCCACAGCCGGCAGGGCGAGAUCGAGGGCCGGCUGCGGCGGCUGCGCAAGCGGCUGCAGGUGGUGCAGGCCAAGCAGGUGGAGCGGCACGUGCAGCAGCAGCUGGGCGGCUUCCUGCAGACCACCUUCAGCAAGCUGCCCAGCCUGGACGCCCUGCGCCUGCGCAGCCCCGCCGUGCUCACGCGCAAGGCCGAGGCGGCCCUGUGGCGCGCCGCCAGCGACCCCGGCGCCGAGGACGGCCUGGGCCGCUUCCUGAAGGGCGGCUCGGUGCCCGGCGAGCUGGAGCGCCUCUCGCUGAGCGGCACGGCCAGCCUGCGCGCCGCCGAGGGCGCCUUCGACUCGGACGCCACCGAGAGCAGCUCCGGCGGCGAGACCGACGUGGAGGAGGAGGAGCUCACCAGGGUGGACAUCGAGCAGCGCCACAUCUCGCUAUGGAGGAGAGCGGAGGGCCGCUACGCCCUGGAAAGGGCCUCCAUCGUCAGCCACUGGAACUGGCUCCAGGCCCACAUCUCAGACCUGGAGUACCGCAUCCGGCAGCAGACCGACAUCUACCGCCAGAUCCGCACCAACAAGGGUUCCUUAGAGCUGGGGGACUCGGCCCCGUGCGAAGCGCCGGCGGAGGAGGCGCCGGAGGUGAAGGCGGAGGCCGCGGCCUGCCAGGGGACGCAGGACGGCAGUUCCGAGGGGGCGGAGCACGCCGCGUCGCCCCGCAGCCCCGGCGCCGAGGCGGGACUCUGGAAGGCCAGCGGCCCCGGCCGGCCCGUCAACGGGAUGAUCAGCAGCCUCCGCCCCGGCCCGCCCGACCGCGCCUCGUCCCAGAGCCCCGGCCCGGGGGAGCAGGCGGGGCAAAAGAAGCAGCGCCUGGCCCAGCCCCUCCCCUCGCCCCCCUCCGACGGCACCUGCGUGGCCGCCCGCACGCGCCCCGUCCUCGGCUGCAGGAAGCGGAGGCUCGUCCGGCCCGCCGCCGUCGCCAGCCUCGGCCGCAAGGUCCAGAGGAUCCCGGGGCCCCGCUGCGGCUGCGACGUCAACCCCCAGUGCGCCACGUGCGCCGGCCGCCCAGCCCCCGGCGCCGAGCUCCCGUACGAGCAGCCCCUCCUGGAGCGGCUGUCCCAGCUGGACCCCAGCGUGCACCCCAUCCUCUCCUUCCCCGACGACGUGUCCAUGGGCCUGCACUUCCAGCGGGCGAUGAAGUCGCACUGGCACGGCAAGCCCCCGGAGAAGACCAAGCCCCUGAAGAAGCUGUCGCUCAAGCACAAGCUGUCGCUCGGCGGCCGCCCGCACGACCCCUGCUCCCCGUCCUCCUCCUCCAAAGACAAACACAAGCUCGCCAACUCGCUCCUCCCCGGGCUCAGACUCUCGCACCACAAGAUGAGGCCGGAGAAGCUGCACCGGGGGCACCUGGAGGGCCGCUCGCUCUGCAAGGGGGAGCAGCGGGGCCAGGGCCUCCCCCCGGGGGCCUACGACAGGGGCCACGGCCGCAAGAGGCCCCGCGAGCACUACCCGGAGAGGACGGACGCCAACCCCAAGCUGUGCGUGGACGCGGGCGGCCCCUGCUCGCCGCUGACGGGCCUGCACACGCCCUCCCACAGCCCCCUGGUGCGGCAGCUCUCCACCUCCUCCGAGGGCUCCACGCCCGUGGGGCCCGGCAGCCAGAGCGCCACCAGCACGCCGCAGCCCAUACGGAGGCGAAGAGGAGAGAGCUCCUUCGACAUCAACAACAUCGUCAUCCCCAUGUCGGUGGCCGCCACCACCCGCGUCGAGAAGCUGCAGUACAAAGAGAUCCUGACGCCGAGUUGGCGGGAAGUGGACAUUUUCGCGAAGCCGAUUGCCGAGGAGGAUGAAAAUGUUGAGAUCGAGGAUCUGACGGACACCGCCUUCACUCAGCUGCACUUGCCGUGCGAGGAGCAGGAGCGCUCGCGGUGGACCUGGAUGGCCAGCGCUCCCGCCAAGAGGAGGGGCAGCAGGUCGUACAAGUCCCUGGACGGGCGCACGACGCCCCUGCUGGGCGGCACCACCCCGUCCACGCCCCAGCCGGCGUCGCCGGACGCGCCGCACUUCCACACGCUGCAGGACUACGGCCCCGUGCCCUCGCCCCGGAGCCCCGCCAGCCCCGACCGGCCCCCCGCCACCCCCCGGGCCUGCAGCGAGGACACGCGCUGCUCCACGCCCGACUUCACCGCCGAGGAGCUGACGGUGCAGCCGUGGGAGCGCAGGGACUUCCCGCUGGAGGAGGACCCCGCCCUGGAGCCCGCCGCGGAGCAGGGCAGCCCCGAGGGGGAGGGGCCUGGCCGGGGCGCCCGCCGCGCCUCCGGGAGCAGGGCUGCCCCCGGCUGCAGGACCGAGUCGGAGAGCGGGCCCGCCUCGCCGCUGCCCCCCGCCAGCGCCCAGCAAUGAGCAGCGCAGGAGGAGAGGACACUUACCCCCCAAACCCCCCCCCAAACACCUACUGGCAUUAAAAAAAGAUUUAAAGCUACAACAAAAAAAAUUAUAUAUUAAAAGGAUUCCUGUUGUUUGAUAUUCAAACAUCAGCCAAAUUUUUUCACAGUUUUUAGUGAACAUUACUGAAUAUAGAAAAGCUGUUUUUAAAAUUGUUUUUGUCACAUGAAAAGCAGACGUGUAAAAAGAGAAAGAAAGAAAAAAAAAAGAAAAAAAAUUAACUGAAAAACAUUGCAGACCAUUUACAGAAGCAGGCUGAAGGCUGAACAGUGACAGACGCAUCUCAGUGUCAUUUCUAAUGUUGGGUGCACACUCACAGGGAACUAUGUAGCAGACCUCUCGGGCGGGGCUUGUCGACGGGGGGGCGUUUUCUAGAUUAUUUCAUGUCCUUGAUGCCAUGCGAGUUUAAGAGUGGGGCCCACGUUAAAAACGGCGGGCCCCUCGCAUCUUUCCUUCGCCCCGUGGCGAGUGCAUUCUGCAAUGUUGUUUCCUUUUUAAGAGAACACGCCUAAAAGUUGUGUAUAUCAUGUAGCUGUUCCACAUCCUUUUCACUUACCCCGAGCACUUGCUUUUCAGAGGUUUAUAUGUUUUUUUUUGGUUGUUGGUGGGUUAAUAGCUGGGGAGAGCUAUCCCUGUGCCCAUUUAGGCUAAAUGGCUAAAUUCUUGGUACAUCAGCAGUAAUAUUACUAGUCAACAUUAUGCAGUGUUCUGCUUGGCCGGUAACCCACUCGUAUUCUCUGAAAUGUGUUGGUCAGUGGAGUCGCUGUUCCUGCCGGCCCUGUAUAAUCUGCUGACAUGUGCAUACUCCCAUGUCUUCAUCAGUGAGAGAGGAGGGGGAGGGGGAGGGGGCGCACCGUGGUGGUAACGGGGGUGAGUCGCGGCCACCGUCUAGCACUUCUCUGCAACGCAGGCACGUCGCUACGGAAGCACCGCCUGUCGAAAUUAAGGACACGCAAACGAAUCACUGGCCAAAGCGAAGGAAACUCGCAGGGGUGGAGCGGAAGCGGCACCUCCGUUACGUUUCCCUCCCUUUCCUUCUCUCUGAGGCGUAGCAGGCAGCUCAUUGCGGGUAUAUAUCCCGGGUGGAGAAGCUCUGCUUGUCGGGAGUUUCCGGCUGGACGACGGCAGGACGCAGCCACGCGAUUGGUCAGUGCUAGGCUUAAAGAUUCACCGUCGCGCUGAGGUGGCUCAUAUAAGAUGCGCAAAUGUUCUUUGUGACACGAUCGCUUUUUUGUCACGAUGGCUGUGUGGAGGUGUUUGUGACCAGAACCUUAGAAAAACCAGGGGUGUUCUCUUUAAAAGGAAGCCAACAUUUCACAAGUAGCAGCUGGCUAUUUACUGACGGGCACGUAGACCUCAGGUUUCAGAGUUUUAAGGGAAAUUUUCCGACGCUCAGACUAUUCCUCAACUCCAGCUGCUCUGGUGGUAACCAUUUAUUGUGAUCUUUCCGAUUGCAAGACUACUUUGCUGCGUAAUUCUUUUCUUUUUGUCACCCUACAUUGUGUUAAUGUCAUUGAUUAGCAGAUUUAUUGAAUUUGAAGUACUAUUUCCAUCAAAUUGCAAAUUGCUAUGCAAUCUGGAUUGUUAAAUACACAUAUAUAUGUACAUAUAUAUGUCAUAAAUAUAUAUCGUAUAUUACACACUCGUACAUAUAUACAUAUAUAUGUAUAUAUGUGAAAUAUAAACAUAUAUAAAAUCCAUAGGUUAUAUUUUAUGCCUCAGUUGUGAUUUUCAUUAAAUCCUGUAUCACUGUAUUCUGUUUUUGUAGUUACACAAGACAGGUUUCAAUGUACCAGUUUAAUUGUUGCAGCAGUUAACAGAAUCAAUCGCGGAAUUGUUUUGUAUAUAGUACCAUUAAAACCCAUUCAUGUUAAA